UUUUUUCUUUUCUGUAGCUUUGGGCCAGAUUAUGUUGUAUGUGGAUGGGAUGAAUGGAGUCAUAAAGCACAAUGAAACCAUUCAGUGGCUUUACACUCUCAUUGGGUCAAAGUUCCGUCUGGUGGUGAAGACAGCCCUGAAGCUGCUGCUCGUCUUUGUUGAGUACUCGGAGUCAAACGCACCUCUUUUAAUCCAGGCUGUCUCUGCCGUUGACACAAAAAGAGGAGUCAAACCGUGGUCAAAUAUCAUGGAAAUCCUGGAAGAAAAAGAUGGGGUCGACACGGAGCUGCUGGUUUAUGCCAUGACUUUAGUGAACAAGACUUUGUCCGGGCUACCAGAUCAGGACACCUUCUACGAUGUGGUGGACUGCCUGGAGGAGCUGGGCCUUGCGGCCGUGUCACAGAGGCACUUGAACAAGAAAGGGACUGACCUGGACUUAGUGGAGCAGUUUAACAUUUAUGAGGUGGCACUCAGGCACGAGGAUGGCGAUGAGACGGCCGAGCUGCCCCCCAGCGGGCGCCGGGACCGGAGGAGGGCCAGCGUGUGUUCCAGCGGCAGUGGCAGCAGCGAGCACCAGGGCCUGGACCGCAGGAGGAGCCGCAGGCACUCGGUACAGAGCAUUAAGAGUACCCUGUCGGCUCCCACCAGCCCCUGCUCCCAGUCGGCUCCCGGCUUCAAGCCCAGUCAAGUGCGAGAUCCCAGUGAAAAAUAUAGCAACUUUGCCAACAACUCCUACCACUCCUCAAGACCUUCCUCAGGAACCAGUGUGCCCACCACCCCCGCGUCAUCUCUUUCAUCCCCCCAGGAGUCCAAGCUGGAAAGAAAUUUGGAAGACAGCGAGCUGGCCAACCUGCUGGAAGAGAUCCAUACUUGUGCCCACUCCAGCGAAAGGUGA